UACAAUGGCAGCAGCUCAAGUCGACGUAUUCGUCAAGUUGACGUCCGGCAAGGUCGUGCCUCUCAAAGUUCUAGCGACGGACACGGUCGCGUCGCUUUGCUCUGCAAUAUCCGGGACCGAUAGUUCUAUCCCAUUAUCCCGUAUAUCUUUAAAGUACACCGACAAAGUCCUCGACAAAUCGAAGACUGUGGGAGACUAUGGAAUUAGCAAGGAGACCAUACUCAAGGUGGAAGUCCUGCCUUUACGUACAAUCAACGUCUUCAUUAAAACAGAGGCGGGAAAAGUCAUUCCAUUGAGGGUGGAGAGCACGCAGACUGUUGGCCAGUUGAAAACGGCUAUAGAGGAGAAGGAAGGCGUUUCAUCUGCAAGGCAGAGACUGAGGCUUGGAGGCAGAGAGCUUAAGUCUCGGCUGGCGAGUUUAGAAGAGGCGGGAGCGAAUGAGGAAGCUGUCAUAUUGCUUGAAGUUGAGGCUGCAGCGGAGGCUGUUGACCAUCCGGUUGUUGCACAGACAUGCUUGCCUACAAUGGAUGAUGCACGACAGCAGGAUGUAUUGGCCAGCUUUGUCUCGGGUGUGGCAAGCUUGUCUAAACCAGUUGAGGUCGUUUUCUCAUUCGACACGACAGGAAGUAUGUACAGCUGUCUAAGCCAGGUACGAACAAAACUCAAAAAUGCAGUCGAACGUCUUAUGCAUGACAUCCCGAACAUCAAGAUUGGAGUGAUUGCUCAUGGAGAUUACUGUGAUCAAAACUCUUCGUAUGUCAUUCGGCACCAAGAUCUCACAACCAAUGUGAAUGAUCUAGUCUCUUUUGUUCAAAAUGUCCCACAAACAGGAGGAGGCGAUUCACCUGAGUGUUAUGAAUGGGUGUUGAGACGAGCACAGCAGUUGUCAUGGCAAAGAGAUUCUGCAAAGGCUCUGGUUGUUAUUGGAGACGCUACACCUCACCCUCCUUCAUACACAGAUCAGAGUGUAUUCUGGAGAGACGAACUGGAAAAGUUGGUUAGAAUGGGAAUCAAGGUGUAUGGUGUGCAGGCUCAAAACCAUAGGGAGUCUGCUGCAUUUUAUGAAGAGUUGGCUGAUUACAGUCGAGGUGCUUACAUCACGUUCUCUCAUUUCCAGUUGAUCACCGAUAUGUUUCUGGCCGUCUGCUACAAAGAGUCAAGUGAUGAGCAACUGCAGGCUUAUCAGAUUGAGUGUGAAACAGAAGGAAAGAUGACUACAGAGCUUGGAGAGGUAUUCAAAGCAUUGAGUAAGAAACCGGACAGCGAAGAAGUUAAACAAGAGAAACAUGAGAAACGUUGUCGAAACAUUGCCAGUGCAUGGUGGGAUCCACAACAAGAUCGUGGCUCACCUCAAUACAAAUACAACAAAACGAAAGACACGUGGGAGCCGUACACACAGAAACAGAAUGCACCUCGUCGGUCACUCUGUGUUUCCAGCUCUACAGUGUCCUCUUCAAAAUGUCCAAGUGGAAAGUCUAAAUCAUCUGUAUCUGUUGGUUCGUCGUUCUCUUCUACCGCUGAUGAGCUCAAGGUCUUGGUGAUUGGUAGUGGAGGUGUGGGCAAGUCAGCACUCACAAUACAGUUUGUUCAAGGUGUUUUUGUGGAAGAAUAUGAUCCGACAAUCGAGGACUCUUAUCGUAAGGCAUAUGUGUUGCCUGGUGGCAAACCAGUCUUGUUUGAUAUCUUGGAUACGGCUGGAUGUGACGAAGCACCCGCCAUGAGUGUAGAAUGGUGCAGAUUUGGUGAUGCAUUCAUGAUUGUUUAUGCAAUCAAUGAUAGGGCAUCAUUCAAUGAAGUCCAGAGUCUGUACGAGAGGGUCAUAGUCAAGUGUGGGGAUGAUGUUCCGUGUAUAUUGGUGGGCAAUAAAACAGAUCUGGAGAGCAACCGAGAAGUGAGUCGCAAAGAAGGAGAGACAUUGGCUCUUCAUCUAGGAAUUGACUUCUAUGAAUUGUGUGCCAAAUGCACAGCAGAGACUCAACCAGCAUUUGAAGUACUUGCACAAAAUGUGAUCUCAAAGAGAAGCAAGGCAGGAAAGAAAGCAGGAAAGAAGAGGAGACGGUGUGCAGUGAUGUAACAUGAACUGUACGACACUGACAAGAACCUUAGCAUUGUUUGUUAGUUUUGACGACUUCUAUUUACUUGCUUGUUGUAACUAUUGCUAGCAGAACUCUCUUUCAAAUGCAGUGUCACAAUCAUAUACACAGGCAUUUAAUACACUGAUUGUCAACCACCUUCAAAAACUUGAACUUUGUCUUUUAAUUAAGCUUUUGCAAACCAAUGUAAUCAUGAGUUCUAAAUAUAAAGGCAGCACAGAUUUUUCUUCUGUCACGUGUAAAGGA